AUGGCUACAAUUAGGGACAUCAAGGUUCAUUCAAACUUAAGUGGAACUGAGGUGUAUUGUUGGAAGGGAAGGAUAUGUUCUUUUGAAGAGGGAGAGGAAAUCCAAGAGUGCAAAAGAGGACAAGUAGUGAGACAAGUUGGGGUGAACUUUCAAGCUCAACAUUCUAAUUCUAAUGCUACACCCUCCAAAUGUGCACUCUUCUUUCCACAAAAUCUAUUUCCUUUUCGCUCUUUGUUUGAUUAUUUGAUUCUUCCAUCAUUUGCCGUUUCUGGGGGAGUUGGGGGUGUGACUUCAGAGGGGUUGGUUGUUGCUGAUUCGGGAGAGAUUCCUCAGGGUCGAGACCCGGAUUCUCCGUCUAGGAAGAGGCGUCGAGUUGGCGAUGGUUCUCCAUCGAGGGAGAAUUUUCCUGGAGACUCUUCUUCUGCUCCAGAUUUGGUGCAGUGGGUCGAAGGUCAGGAUCCUGCCAGUUUGCUGAAUCCUAGAGUGCUAGCGGAAUAUAUCCGGACUUUGGCGAUUCCUGAUGAUGUUACGUGGUUUUGUGGUAGGCCGGGUCAGGAGCUUUCCGAUCUGGCUUGUUUUCAUGGUUUCUCUGCUCUUCAAUCUGUUCUGGUAUUGAACGACCGCCGACAGUGUGCCGAGGAGGAGGUUGAGCGUCUGUCCUCUCUUUUGGCGACUUCCGAGUCUGAAAGGGCCAAAUUGAAGGCUUCUUUGGAAGAGCAUGAUUCCCUUAUGGCGCAGCUUAAGGCGCAGGAUGCGAUUAAUGAUCGCCAAGUUAAAGUGAUCGAGAAGAAAACUGAUGACUUGACUCAAGAGAUUGAGGAGCUCAUUCGAAUCAAUUCCCUCGUUGGUGGGGAGAGGGACAGUCUAAGAUCGGAGGUUGAGAGUCUUCAUAUCCGUCUGCUAGAUACGAAAGCUUUUUACUCUGCUUUGAUAAGCGAGUAUCGUCUUGCGAUUGGGAGGAAGCUUCUAGAGCAAAAUCCUGAUAUUGAUCUUUCUGGGGUUAACGGGUUGGAUCCCCAAGCCAUCGCUCGUGAUCUUCUUGUCAAGAUGUCUAAAGACCGUGUCUAGUAGUUUAUCUUUUGA